GAAGUUCGCGCACCAUGUCGCGGUCCACUACAUCAUCGCGCCCAAGUUCGCGAGCCAAGCGAGUUAUCGUACCACCCGAGCCAGAAGAGCCCGUCAUCACAGUUGAAGAGGUCGACGACGCGACGGAGAGCGCGGAAAUUCUGAAGGGAGUCGCGGAGGAGGAUGAGGACGAGGAGAGCGACGAGUAUGAGAUAGAGAAGGACUAUAGUGAUUCUGGGGAAGAGUACGAGGAGGAAGACGAUGGACCUAGUCUGACGGCCUUGCUGCUCGUGAACCCGGACCAACAACAAGGCAUCGUGCAAGAAGCAGACGACGACGAUGAAGAGUACGAUGCGGAACCAGAGCAUCCCCGAAGUCCCCCCUCGUCAGGCUCUCCGCCGCGGUCCCCACCAUCCUCUACGCACAAGCGCAGUCACUCGCUAGUCGAAGACGAUGAGUCCGGGCUGCCAGAGUUGGAGAGGAAGAGGAAGAGGAUGAUUACGAAGUGAAGAGGAAGGGCGACCAGAUGUUCCUGCGCACGCACUCCUUUCUGACGCCGUCUGCACCAUCGCGCCCGGCAACAACCUUUCUUGGUCGACUUGCGACAUGCGUGCUGCGCUGCGCUGAACUAUGUGAUCAUAGACUAUCAUGC